GACCAAAAAGAGACCACACCAAUGUUUCAGGUCCAUUUGUUAUGGAAGAUGACUUGAAUGGUGGCCCUGCAAAUGCCUCUGAAACAGCUGAUACUAUUCUUGAAGAGCUAAAGAGGCUGUUGGACACUAAGGAAGAUGAUGCAAAUGUUGUCCCAAUUCAAGAUCAUCAACCUCGGUCUAUCUCUAAUGACUGGGCCAUUAGAACUGAAAUGAGGGAGGAGAGAUGGAAAGAAGCUAGAUCUUCUCUUGUGGAGAACAUUUUGAAAGGAGAAGAUGCAAGUUCCUCAUCCUGCCAACUGUGCAGAUCAAAUGCAGCUGUUGUGCGCUGUAGGGACUGCCUCGCUUACCCUUACCUCUGUGCAGAAUGUGAUGAGAAACGACAUGGUAGCUUCUUUGUUCUCCACAAUAGAGAUUCACUUGUCUCAGGGUUUUUGUACAACCUUUACCUCCAUCAACAGGAUUCUUCCAGGCAGCUGGUCAAAUUUCUGUUAAACAUCUUGUUCGACUGCUGCCUGUAGAAAUACCUACCCAUAUUUGUGAUUGCAGUAACGGGACAGUCCUUGUUUCUUCAGGCAGGCCCAUGACCCUGAUCACUAUGAAUGGAAAGGAAGAUUUUUGCAUAACAUUUUUUUUUUCUUCUAAUAUGUAUUACCAUUUUCUUAAGCAAUUUAAAAAAAAAAAGUGGAUCAGUCUGAGCACCACAGCACUCUUGAAGCCAAAAAGCAGUAGGGGGCGGGUACACUCUUGAUGGAGAUGAGAAAGAGGGAGAUUUGAAGAAAGACUGUUGGAAGAGAGAUGGCUGACAGACAUUACAAAAGAAGGGAAUAUCACUGGAAAAAGAGCACUGAAGGGAGGGCUGUGUUUGUUUGGGUUGAUUUUAUAUAUCCACAGUUUCUCAGAAAUUAUUUACUGCACUUUUGAAUGCUGGACAUUUUAAAUUUGACUUUUUAUUUUGUGGACUCAGAAGGCUCUGCAAAUGCAGCAACACAGCUUGGAAGAACUGAAGACCGAGCUUUCACUGCAUGAAGAUUGUGUUCAUCAGUGGGUUUCAGAUGUUCAACAAUGGGCAGAAGAAAGUGAGCGACAUGGGAGUGGUGACAUGAGAAGGCUUCAAGAGGAAAUAGAAGGUCUAACCGUCAGCAUCAAAAGGCGUACACAGCGUCUGUACAGUCAAACAGAUAGCAUCAAGCGGCGCCAUUCUUUGCGCCUCAGAAGGACUGAAGAGAAAAAGAAGCUAGCUGCUGCAGUGGAAGAGUACAACAGUAUAGCAGAUCCAUCCCAGAAGCUUGGCUCAGUUGAAGACUUCUUCACAGCUGAAACUGUUGCUUGGCCUUGGCAAAUCCCUAGCAGUACUGAAUCGGCUCCCUUUCUCACCAAGAGGAAGGUGUUUGACAAGGUGAUGGCAGUGAGACGCCUUCAGGAAGAGAGAGGUCUAAUUUGUAAGGAGAUGAAACAGCACUGGACGGUCAUGAGACAGAAGAUUUCCAAAUUCGAAGCACUGAUUAAUGACAUAAGUUCAAAAUCUCUUUUUCCAACCCUGUCUGACACUGCAUGCAAAGGUCUCCUCUGCAUUGUUUGAAAGAAACAUUAUGAACUUAAACAUUUUAUGCAGUUGGUAAAGGCAGGCUAUGUGAAAAUCCUCCUCUCAUGAUUUAAAUUAAUGGAGCUGUCUACACUUAAAAGAUCCAGUUAUGCAGUUUACAUUAAGUGUGUCAUUUUUUGUGAUUAGUCUUGUGACUUAACUUA